UUAUCAAUGGCGGAAAAUCGUUUUAACCCUAGAAUGCCCAGCGGAAACACUCAUGGACUACUUGCACUGAUCUAUGAUCCCUCAUUUCAGAUUAACGAAGAAGAAGAGGAAGCUGAUCCUACAAAUUCCUCCAUUGACAAAGAGGAAGCUGAUCCUACAGAUACCUCUCUUCAGAUUGUCAGUGAAGAAGAGGUUAUUCCAGAAAUUCCCAACCCUCCUGCUCCCGAGAUUGAACUUGGUAAGUAGAACUCGAUUUACUCUGAUUUCUCUGAUUCUUCCCAGUCUAAAGAAGAGGUUUCUUUUUCUUUCUUCCUUCUUCUCAUCCAGUCGACCACCACAAAAACCCUAAGUUUCUUUUUCCUUCUUUCUCCUUCCCAUACAGCGGAUUAUCAAAAAACGGAUUGAGGGACACUGCCGCGUUGGAAUCCAUUCAAGGAGAGGUGGAUGGGGCCAUUAAAAGAAAAGCUGGACCCCAUGUACAAGCAUGACUUGCACGUGAAGAUGAUAGCUUCCUACGACUACCACAGGGGCACAGUUCUUCCUCAUGCCAAAGCCUUCACCGCAUAUUGUCAAUGCCUACUCCAACAAUUUGCUUCCAAUCCAGAGACUCAGGGAUGCCACUUCUGGCUUG